UAGGUCACUUAUUUCAGAGAUCUUAAAACUGUAACUGUUUUUUUCCCCGCGACAUCUUGCAGUUGUGAUUUGACCAGUGAAACAGGAGGGGGAAAGAAAAACACUGAACUGUUACAGGAUGUGGUUUUUUUUUAACAGAACACGCAGCAAUGAAGAUUAAGAUUUUUGAUGCAUGACGUUUUCAACAGCAAAAGGAAGUCAACGGACAAAUUUAGACCCCAAAAUCUCAAUAGUACAAUUCGUUUAAGAAUCAGACCAGUUUCGCGUAUGGUUCAAUUUCCCCAUGUACUUAUUGGAGCAGCUUGAUGUGCUUUGUUGCACUCAGCAUUUUGAGUGAGUUCUUGCUCGUAAGGCUGAUCCAAGUUUCCUUCGAGGAUCUAUAACUUCCUUUCCUGAGAUGAGAGUACCUUUAAUUGUGGCCGUAUUUUGAUUGCUUACAAUUCCUGACAGGGGACUGCUGAUUUCUUUUAAACAACUUUUUGGCAGAUUUUCUCAGCAUCUGCCAAAAUGGGAUGCGGCCUACCAAAGCUGGAGAAGCCUGAUGAAAACAGUCCAGGCAAAAUCUAUUCAACUCUCAAACGACCACAAGUGGAGACUAAAGUGGGAAUAGCCUAUCAGUAUAAGGUCCUGGACUUCACCACAGCUGAGACUGAGAUAACAGAGUCAGCUGCCAUCAAGCUUUCUUCCUUACAUCAUCUUCCUGCUCAGCUACAUGAAUUUUAUCAGAAGGGCUUUGUACUUGCUGGUAUUCACCCCUUCAUACAAUGCAUUGAUGUGCGGAAGGGCACACCAGAAGAGAUGAUGUUCAGGGCCAUUUUGAUCAAACCAGCAGCGAGCUCUGAAGAGACUAAUACCAAGACUGAGCCAUGCAGCCUUGAAGUAGAAUUGAGUUUGCUGUCCAAUCAACUUCUUAAAUCAAAAGGGCUAACAGAUAUUCUUCAAAAAGUACAAGAGGGAUCGAGAAAAGGUUUACGGUUUGUUGGACUUGUGCCACACCAAAACCCUCCUGCUGAUCCAGCAGAAAAUCAUGAAGGAAACUUAGCCGUUAACAGUCCUUUAUGUCAAAACAACUCAAAGAAAGGAGGAAAGAAUGUUUGUCAAAACACACCAAACAAUACCACUCAAGAGAAACUCGCACAAAAUCAGGAAACAGAAGCUACAGAAGGGAAGACGAAACAAAAUAUAAAUCAAGGGGACACUUUUCAGGAUGAAGGACAAAGUGCUCCAGAUCAAGCAAAAAGUGAUGAACAAAUCAAUGGGCAAGCCAUGGCAGAAUUAACAAGUCAGGAAUGUCAAAAUGGUGCUGGCCAAAUAAUAAACAAGGACACAGCUGAUUGUGAAUCAGAAAGCAAAGUUGCUGGUAAACCAGAAGCUCCAUUGCAAGCAGAAACGUUUGACAGUGACAUGGCAGAAGGUGAGAGUGAGAGCCAGGCUGGACAGGAGCAGUCUCCCAUAGCAACCAACAAGUGCGAUGAGGUAAAGCACAGAACAGAAAACUAUGAAGCAACUGAAGCAACAAUUGUGUCCGAAGAAACUGACACCAAACAGCAAGAACACCGGAGACUGGCAAAACCUGAGGAGACUGAAAGGAAGAAUGAUGUGGAAAAUGAAGUGUUCCUCCUUUUCAAUAAACAACAAGAAAACCAGAAAUCGUAUAAGUAUUACACAGUCACAAUUCCACUGAAGAUCUGUAAGAAGGGACAGGAUAUUAACAGUAUAGAAGCAAAUUGGCUAGAGCAUAUGACCCAACAUUUCACAAAGGGAGCCUUGUUGGUGGAUGCUUUGAUUUGUCUGGGAACAUCGACCGAUUCUCUACCAAAAUCAGUGGAUGGACUCUUUAUAUUUGAAGGAGUUUCUGAGGACAAGUGUGAAAGCUAUGAUGCAAUUGUUGUCGAGCAGUGGACAGUAAUUAAUGGAGUUGAGGUGAAAACAGAUUAUGUUCCUUUGCUGAAUUCUCUGGCUGCAUAUGGCUGGCAGUUAACCUGUGUGCUUCCUACUCCUAUAAUGAAAAGAGACAGUGAAGGGAAUCUUGCUACAAAACAGAUUGUUUUCCUCCAGAGACCCUCACUACCCCAAAAAGAAAAGAAAAAGGAAUCAAAGAAAAAAUCAAUAAAAGAUGACAAAUCAAGCAAGCAAGAAAAAAAUUGCCUGAAAGAUAAAAAUGUCAAAGUUACUGUACAGGGAAAGAACUCUACAGUAGGUUCUAAUGAAAAUGAAAAACAAGAACAAAGUGUUGCAAAGAAUGAUGACAAAGAAAGUGCUGAAAAUGGAAAAUCCUUGAAAACAGACGGGAACGAAAAGGAAUGUACCCCUGAAGCUAAAGCAGUCCAAGAGUCUGCUUGUGUGACAAAUACUGAAAGUGAGAAAUGUAUAGCAAUGGGUGACGAUAUUGGUAUAUCAGAAAAUAUAGUCAAGGAGGCCAGUGACAACAAUGAUAUUGUUGAUAAGAAAGAUGAACAGGAAGCAUGUGAGGAUAAAUGUCAAGAUGGCAAAAUUAAUGCAAGUGAAGGAGAGGCCAACCAAGCAAAAUUAAUUGCUCAAGUUAACUGUGAAUGUGUUGACACCAGUCAGCAGGUUAGCAACAUGCCAGCUCCUGAGAUGGCAACCAAGACCCCAGAGGAAACAGGUAUCUCCAACGCAGAAAUAACUAAGAAGGUCACUGAGGAACAUGAGGACAACACUCCGGUACAAGUUGAUGAUGGUACAGUCACUGAAUAAAGCAAAAUUCAAGUUUGAUAAAUCUAGACAUAAGUCAAAAGGAAAUGGUCCGAUGUUUUUUUCCCUAUGGAGUAUUCUUGCUAGCCAGAUUUUCAUAUACUUUUUAAUGUCAAUAUUGUACCACACAUCAUGCAUGAUGUCUCUCUCUCUCUCUCUCUCUGUCGGACACUCACAUUUUGCAAUUGAAGCAAAAGCAGAUAUUGUAAGCUGACGUUGCUUUUUUUAGUGAUUCUGCAAAUCAUGGGCAUGACUUACUAAAAUUACUAAUAUGUUGAAAUGUGCUGGAGAUAAAAUACCUUUUGUGUUGUUUCAAGUGAGGUAGUAACCUUGGAGGAAUUAAUGUAA